UUAUUUUGUCCACUUUGUCACAUUUACAUCUUGCCGCAGCCCGCAUGACAUUAGUUGACCAAUACCAAUGUGACAUUUUACUUUAUUCGUUACCUGGCAACAACCGGGCCAAAUCUGACAAACGCUAAAUUGAGCUGAGGUUAGUUAACAUUUGUUAAGAUACUCGAUUAUUCCUCUACAAUUACUCUAAACGACUUUGCAAAUGUGUCAAAGACACACUAUGGCUGGGGCAAACGCAAAGCCUGCUCUAAAUGAGUGCGAUCCAAAACACUGCCUGCCACAAAUAUAUAAGGCCUUAUUGACAGCUUCAUGCCUGUCAUGUCCCAAUGACCCUAUACAGUUCCUGAAAAACACUCUCACGGCCUUCCAGGGACAUGACAGUCUUCAGGAUGUUGACUGGUACCAACUUCUUCCAAUAACAAUCAUUCAAAGAUCCAAGUUUUUUGUUGGAGAUGAUCUGUUUUGUUGUUCAACUUUAUUUCAAUUUUUAAGGCACAAAUUUGUCGCUGAUGCAGAACAGCUCCCAGCAACAACCACUCUGACCGACAGGACUUCGGACUGUGCCUAUAUGGAGCCAGAUGACAUCAUGAUGUCCCUUUGCCUCUUCGAAAAGGCCUACUGCUGUUACAGGAACAAUUUAACAAGCUCUUGCUUCAGGAAGUGGAAGAGGUUCGCUGCCCAGAGUAAGAGAGAUAUUGCGGAGCUGGCUUUGAAGAUGGACCUGGAAAAGAAGCGUCAUGAAAGAAACUGCCAGCUGGUUGCACUUGCUAAAUGGUUAAACUGGGUAAAAUUACGCAAGAAGACACAGGCCGUUGCCUCGGAAAAACUUGAGAGACUUGUCAACGCUGGUCGUCUUAAGCGCAUCAUAGCUGCAUGGCGUAAUGCUUUAAAGAACUCAAAGAGGACAAAAGAGUACUACAAGGUAAACAGGUUGGUCAACCGGACCGAGGAAGGAUGUGACGUACUCUCCAUGCUCCCUAGCAACCUCUCACUGAAGAUCUUUCGAUAUUUAGAGUUGCGAGACUGGCUAAAUUGUGCUGAGGUGUGUUCCACAUGGAAAGCUAUCAUCCAGUCAGGCACAUUGUGGAGUCAGAUCAACUUCUCUGUGGAGAAGGACUGGAUAACAGAGGGUAAGAUGAAGCAGAUUCUGCAGAACUACCGUCCAUUUGUGAUCCAUCUCAACCUGCGUGGCUGCACAACUCUAAAGGGGCCAAGCCUGAAAUGCAUCAGUGAAUGCAGAAAUGUCCAAGACCUCAAUUUGUCAGAGUGUUUUAAUGUUACCGAUGUGAUGGUUCAGAGAAUUGUCGAGGGCUGUCCCUGUCUGCUCUACUUGAACCUUUCUUGCACAUUAAUAACAAACAAAACUCUAAGAGAACUGUCCAGGAACUGUCUAAACCUUCAAUACCUGAGCCUGGCCUACUGCUACAGAUUCACAGAUGAAGGGUUUCUGUACCUGGCCACAGAGAAGGGCUGCCACAAUCUCAUCCACCUCAACCUGUCCGGCUGCACUCAGAUGACUGUAAAUGGGUUCAGAUACAUUUCUGCCGGAUGCCCUUCACUCAAAGAGAUUGUUGUCAAUGACAUGCCCACUCUGUCAGAUAGCUGUGUAUUGGCUCUCACUUCGAGAUGUCACUGUCUAUCGGCCAUUUCGCUGCUGGAUGCUCCUCAUCUCUCCGACAUUGCGUUAGAAGCCAUCGCUGCAGUCGCUAAGCUGAGGACUUUCAGGACAGAGGGUAACAACCAACUAACAGACAACAGCUGGAAGGUUUUGUGCAGCAGCUCUCAAGGCCUCCGCAGACUCCACGCUGCAGAAUGCUCCAGAAUGACUGACGCCAGCCUCAAAUCUGUGGCCAGCCUCAAGAACCUGCACCACCUGGACAUCUCACUUUGUAACAAGGUGAGUGAUACUGGGAUACAGUAUCUGACAGAAGGCUCUUCAUCCACCAAACUGAGAGAGCUGAAUGUCAGUUACUGCUGUCACAUCACUGACAUAUCUGUCAUGAUGAUUGCACAAAGGUUGUGUAAACUGUACCAUCUCAACUUGAGUUAUUGUAAGAGUCUGACUGAUAUGAGUCUGGAGUGGCUGAGUGGAAGCUCUGUCUGCUCUCUUGAUAUCAGCGGUUGCAACAUCCAGGAUCAGGGCCUGGCAGCUCUUGAAGGAAUUCGCUUGAAGAAGUUAAAUGUUGCCCAGUGCGUCUAUAUCACCGAUAUUGGCAUGGAGAAGCUGUGCAAGAACGUGAGAGAUCUGGAACAUGUUGAUGUGUCUCACUGUGUAGCUCUGUCAGACCCGGCCAUCAGAGCCAUUUCAUUUUACUGCAGAAGUCUAGUCACGCUGCGGAUGUCGGGGUGUGCGAAGAUGACAGAUUUGGCAGUGCAGUAUCUGACAAGUGGAUCUCAGUACCUGCGAGAACUUGAUGUGAGUGGCUGUGUUCUUCUCACGGAUCGCAGUCUCCGACACAUAGAGAGGAUCUGUCCUCCACUCUGCUCCAUCACUAUGGCCUGCUGCAGCAGCAUCUCAAAGGUGGCCGCCCUAAAGCUUCAGCCACGUGUAAAGCACUGGGAGCACAGCAAUGAUGACCCUCCAUGGUUUGGAUACAACAUUGCCGAAAAAGUACAUCCAAUCAUAAGACCUAUCAAGACAGAUGACACCUGGAAACAGGUGGAACAGCACUCAGUGAUGACACGAGCAGCAAGUACAGAGAGAUAA